AUGUCUUCAGAUGAUAUCGCCGUCAACUACAUCUCCGGCGAUGCGGAUAGGCGGUACCCUGGCAUUCCAAUUGAGAACAUCAUCUCGGCAGCCAUCGUGUGCACGGACAUACUGGAUGCCCACUAUGUGCCGUACGCGGUUUGUGGUGACUUCGCUGUCUGGCUGCUGCAAGGGAAACGAGAGGUCCUGAAUGUCGACAUUCUCUUUCAGGGGCGAAAAGAACACGUCCGGAGCAUCAUGGAGACGGGACGACAAGUGACAUCUUAUAAGACAGCAACGAUGGGAAAUACCCUGGCAAUACUCGUUCAAACCGGCCCAGGAUACGAUAUGUGCGAAGAUAAGAUAACCAUCAAAGUCAACUUGAUCGACUAUGGCUAUCAGAAUGGAGAUUUGACGAAUAAACGACUUAUUUCUAGGGUCGAAACCCUUGACGGAUGUAAGCCGAUGUAUAUCCUUGGGAUCUUCGACAUUGUAAACGCCAAAUUAUGCAGAUUUAAUGCAGAGCACCGGAUCGAGGACAAGGACGACCUGUUGUUCCUGAUGCAGCGAUACCCAGAAAAAAUCGGCGUUAGGGUCAAAGAACUGCACCGGGAUGCCGUCGUGGCGUUCAUUCAAUCAAUCCCAGAAGAGAUUCGCACUGAGCUGGAGACAGAGAUUCUCUACUACAAAAUCGAAGGCAUCAGUCCGUCGUCGCAUCGUGGUCUCGUUCCAUUCUGCGUUUCUUGGCAAGAAGGGAACGAAACGGUCCAGAGCCCUCCGUUGGCUUGGGGUCAGUUUUUAGGAGUCUGA